GUGCCUAAAUUCAGCCAUUCAGCUUAUAUGUGUACGCCAUUCAGCUUACAUGUAUACGCCUCCAACAAAAGGCCUAUUUCUGUCGAGCAUAAUAGUUCUGUAUAUAUAAUAGGCUACUCCAGCUGUCGAUAUAUUUAUGAUGGGAAAGAUGCUCAAGCUAGCAGGUUUUUUGGUUGUGGCUUUCAGCCUCUACAUCGGAUACCGGUCAACCAAUAGAUUCGACCCAGAUAUGAUUCGAGGCAAGAGAGUUCUUGUGACAGGAGCAAGUAAGGGCAUUGGAGAACAAGUCGCCUAUCAAUAUGCCAGGAUGGGAGCGAAUGUGAUGGUGACGGCCAGGAGUGAAACAGCGCUGAAAAAGGUUGUGGCAGAAUGUGAAAGGCUGAGCGGUCACAAGGGUCAUCACUACGUCACAGCGGACAUGUCAGAUUUUCAGAAUAUGCAUAAGGUUACAGAGGCUGCCAAAGACUUUCUAGGAGGCCUAGAUAUUUUAGUCAUCAACCAUGUCGCCCCCUAUCGGACUGGUCUCUGGAUUGGAAAGGAGAAUCUUACCUUCUUUGACUUCCAGGCCAAGCUCAACUUCAAUUCGUACGUGCACUUAGCUACGCAUGCCUUGCCAUUACUUGAAGACAGCCCGGGAAGCAGUAUAGUCAUAGUCAAUUCUAUUGCUGGUGCACUUGGUUUUCUCGUUAACAGUGGUUAUUCAGGGUCGAAGUUUGCACUGAAUGGAUUCUUCAUGAGUUUAAGGGCCCAGUUUCAAAUAUUGGAGCAAGAUAUAUCGGUCACGCAAUGCUUUCUUGGGGCCAUACGCACCGAUGCGGGCCAGACCGCCCUUUCCAACCAGGUCUAUCGCCACGAAAGAGCAGGGAAAUUAGUCCGGAUGGACAUACCUGACAGUGCUUACAUGGAAGUGAACGAAACGGCAUUGGAGAUUGUCAAGGCCGGAGCUCUCAGAGAGGAAGAAAUGUACUUUCCUAAGUUCGCUAGAUAUGCCACUUAUCCGGGGUUGAAAACUCUAUAUAAGAAACUGGCUACCACAAUAUAUCGAGCGGAGAAUUUGCCCGCGUCUGAUUGACAAUCGGAUUCUUUGAGAAAAUGGCCGUUUAGAUAUGUUGCGAUAAAGUCUUGACACGUGUUAAGUAUAGAUAUUGGUUUCAAAGAAAUAAUAAAUCGUAACCUGGGUUGGUUUCACUCAAUUUUUGAUUGCAAAUUGUAUCAACCAUAAAUACUCUCAACUCGGCUCUAUAAGACCAGGCCAGACACCUCUUGCCCGCUCAUUACAUAUCAAUAUUCAUUGGGAUAUUGUAUGAAGAAGAACCAAUGACAGGUCAGAUACAGCAUAGGCCUGUAAUGAGCAGUCAUGACUGUGAGUCGCCAUUGGUGUGCCAUCAUGCCUAGCUCUUUGUUGUGUUUGUUAAGUUUCGUGUUAAUUUCACCUACCUGUAUGUGGUUAGGUCAUACUGUUGACUAUGAAUUUUGAUUUUGCUGUAAUACAAUAAAUCCUCACUGGGUCUUUUUAUUCCCCCUUAUUAAUGGUAGUCAUAAUGCAUGAAUUAGGAGAUAGGCAUAGUACAACAUGGAUGCAAAUGACGAGGAAGUCGGUAUUGCUGCACCUUUGCCGAAAAGGCGCAGGAGUUACAGUAUCAAGGAGAAAAUUGCGUAUCUUCCUGAUUUCUACACU